AUGACUUAUUUUAUUAUCAUUGGAUUACUUUGUAUCACUCUUGUAUUAGGUCAAGGAAAUGAUGAAUAUUGUGACUUUGACUGUUUUAUUGAAGGGUUAUCAUUUACAGUCGAUUUAGAAGGAAAGAUGUCUACAAUGGGGUAUAAUAUUCCAUCAUUAACAUUUGACGGAAUGGCAGUGAAUCAAAUUGGUGGUUCAACUGAUAACAAAGAUGAGCCAAAAUCCUUUAAUGCUUCUAUUACGUUACACUCAUUACAUGCUAUAGGAGAUAUUUUAAAAGAAAGUAGUAAUAAAAAAAUUGGAUACAUGGAACUUAAAUUAACUGAUGCAUCAGCUGGAUUUAGUAUGGGGUUUGAUAGUUAUGAUUAUUGUGGCUAUAAUUUAAUUUCUGGAACAGAACCAUCUAUAACAAUUGACUUAAAUACUAAAAGUGCUAAAAUUGAUUUAAAAUGUACUGACUGUGGAGUACUUGAUACAAUUGUACUUGGACUUGGAGAUUUCUUUAUUUCUAUUAUCAAGAAUUUCUUACAGAAAAUAGUUAAUAAUAAUAUUGAUAAAGUUAAUCAAAUGGUUAAAACUUCGUUAGAUGAAGUAUUUCUUAAUAUUAAUAAGAAUUAUACAGAAAAAUAUAUUAAUAAUACUCAACCUCUUAACAUCCCUAUUGAAGAUGGAAUGAUGAAUAUUACAGAAAGUACCUUUUUUGAUAUGUUGUCAUGGACAACAACAGAGUUAUUAGGUGGAAAUAGUUCAUUAGGGUUAAAUCAAAUUAUAGAUAGAUUUACUCAUAACACAGGUAGUAUCGUUGCAGGAGGAGAUGAUGAUACUUUUAAAGAAUUAACUGAUGAAAUAAUUUCUGGACUAACAUUUAAUGGAAUUGAGUGGCCUGAUGUUAAUGGUACUAUAGAUUUUGGAUUAACAUAUUUUAAUGUUAGUGGAUUAGAUACAUGGUAUGGACUUCAAUUUUUCGAGCCAUUAAGAGAUACUCCAGUAAGUAAAGAAAAUAAUGAGUCAAUGUGUAGUAUUGAACCUAAUUGCGACCAACAAUUAAGAAUUGCUUCUGGACUGAAAACACUUGAUAUUUUUAUGACAUUUUCUAUUAAUGCAACUGCUAAUAGUUCUUCAAUAUCAACAAAUGGAAAGAAAAUUCAUGAAGAAGCAGAUUUUCAUGUUAUUGUAACAAAUAAUGAAAUGGAAGGAAGAAUUCAAAUAGCUAUUGUAGAUGGUAAAUUUGAAAAUUAUACUAAUAAUAUGUGUACUAAUGGAACUUGUUGGAGUGCUUUAUUGGAUCAUCAUGGAACUGGUGUUCCUAUCGUAUUAUUAAAUACUAGUAUUGAUUAUAUUGGAAUUACUGCUGCAUCAGCUUAUCUUGAAGAUGGAAUUCAACAAAUUAUUAAUUCAAUUGCUGAUGUAUUUAUUUAUAAUUACAAACCAGUUAUUCCUGCUUUUCUUAAUGGUCUUAUAAAUGAAUUUGCAACAGUAAGUAUUAAUAAUAUGUUUAAUGAAUCUUUAGGUGUAGAAUGUGACGAAGAUCCAGAUGAAAUUAUUUUAGGAUAUAAACCUUCUGUAGUUGUAUUAAGUACUAUUGUCUCAAUAAUAUUAUCAAUUUUUCUUACAAUUGUUGCUGUUAUCUUCUUAGUUGUAAGAUGGAGACAAAAGAAAAAUAAUAUUAAAGUAGAAUAUGAACUUGAUGGAGAUAAUCAAUAUGAAGAAAGUGAUGAUGAUAGUAUUAGUGAUAUUCAUUCUGAUGAUGAAGGAGUUAAAAAGAUAAAAAGAUACAAAAAGAGGAUUUAUAAAAAGAAAAAGAAGUCUUUAUGUAAAAGAAUUAUUCAAUUCCCUGGAUGGUUCUUUAAACAAUUUUUUAGAACAGACCCUAAAGGAGCAAGCAUGUUUUUAGAUAGUAGAAUUACAAUUGUAAUAAGAGCAAUUAUUCCAUUAGUUAUCUUCCUUAAUAUUGCAUUAUUUAUUACAUCUAAUACAGGUACUGGAGCAACAGUUAAUGCUUACAUAAUAUUUGGAAGUAGUAAUACAAUAACUAUGCCUGUACAAGAUUUCGGUUUAAUGAAUUCUGUAAAAGAUAUGUGGACAGCUGGUGUUUAUCCUUUGUCUAUAUUAAUUAUGGUUUUCUCAGGUAUUUGGCCAUAUACUAAAUUAGUUAUGUUAUUAGUUGCAUGGAUGAUUCCUUCUAGUAUUAUUAAACCAAGUGUUAGAGGUAUAAUACUUAAUGUAUUAGAUGCCCUUGGAAAAUGGUCAUUUUUGGAUUCUUAUGUCAUGAUCUUAAUGAUUAUGGCAUUUUAUUUUGAUGUUCCAUUACCAAUUCGACAUCCAAAUUCUGUUAAUGAUCCAAUGACUAUUAAAUUAUAUGUUGAUCCAGAAUAUGGUUUUGUUACAUUAUUACUUGGUACAUUAAUAUCUUUGUUAUUAUCACAUGUUAUGGUUGGAAUUCAUAACAAGAUAUUAAGCAAUCCAACAGAUAACAUUGGAGAAAAAGCCACAAUAAAAAAACCAUUAUUAUGUUUUACAAGAUUUUUCAUUGUAAAAGUAUUGAUGAUUUUAUUAUUAUGUAUUUCUUGUGGAUUAGUCAUUGCGGGUAUGUUCCUUCAAUCUUUCUCAUUUGAUUUCUUAGGACUAGCAGGAUGGGCACUUGAUUUAUUAGGAUAUUCACAACACAGAGACUUUUCUGUAAUGGAUCUUGGUAUUGGUAUGCCAUCAGCAUGCAGAGAACCAAAUAGUUUUGCAGUCAGGUUUACACAAGUAACAUAUUUUAUAACAAUUGUUGCUAUUCCACUCCUUCAUCACAUUAUGUUAUUAAUAUUAUGGGUUGUUCCUAUCACAAGAAAAAUACAAAGUAUCAUCUUUCAAUUUUGUGAAAUUUUAUAUGCUUGGUCAUGUAUUGAUGUUUUUAUAAUUUCAGUAAUUGCUGCCGUUGUUGAAUUAUCACAGUUUGCUUCAUUUAUGGUAGAACCUUAUUGUGGAGCCGUUAUGCCUUCAAUGAAUAAAAGUUUAGAUGAUAUUAUCGCAUUAUUCUUUGGUAAUGAAAAAUACAUUACAGAUCAUGAAACUUGUUUUGAAGUUAAGGCUACAUUAGAUGAUGGAUGUUGGUGUUUGUUUGCUGGGGUAAUUGUAUAUACUGUUACUACAAUUACUAUUAUGAAGAUUUCAAAAAGGGCAUUAUCAAAACGACUUCCUACAGAUCAAGAAAAACAAGAAUAUUGGGCUGAGAAAAGUACAAAAACUCCUGACACUUGGCCAUUGUUAUUUAGCUCUAACUAA